AUGUUCUGGGAUCCUCUCUUCAACGCGCUCUCGGAGAAGACAGGCUCGCCGCCGGACCAGAUCAAGCUUAUUGCGGCACUCCUGGUCUCUUACCCGCUUGCAUCGAUCUUCAUCCGCAUCCCGGCCAAGCACCCGAACUGGGCUCACAUCUUCUCUCUGACAAUCUCAACGAUCUUCCUCGGACCACUUCUUGGACUAUGGCGCGGCUACAUUGAACUCAUCAUCGUUAGCAUGGUGGUGUAUCUCAUCGUCGCGAUUGUCAAGAGCAAGAACAUGCCAUGGAUCGCCUUCCUCUUUGCCAUGGGGCACCUGACAAUCAUCCAUAUCAGGAGGACAUUCAACCAUGUCCCAGUGUCUACGAUCGAAAUCUCGGCUAUGGAGAUGGUGCUAGUUAUGAAAUUGACGACGUUCGCUUGGAACGUGCAUGACGGUCGCCGGCGUCCCGAGCUCUCGACGCGCCUGACAAAGCUGCCGUCGCCGCUUGCGUACCUGGGCUACUGCUUCUUCUUCCCCACGGUGCUCGUUGGCCCCGCGUUUGAGUACAAGACGUACGAUGACAUGGUCAACCACCAGCUGUAUGACAUGCCCAAGUUUGCUCCAGACGGCACGCCCCUGCGCCGCCGCACUCCUCAUGGUCGUCGCCGCACAGCUUACCUGCAUCUCUGUCUCGGACUCUUCUUCCUCGCUCUCUAUGCGAUUCUGGGCGCGCGCGGCGACUACGCUCGCAUCAACAGCCCUGCGUGGUGGACGUGGUCGCACAAGACGCGCUUCGCGUUCGUGCAAUUCUGCGGCUUCUGCGCGCGCACCAAGUACUACGCUGUCUGGUCUCUCAGUGACGGCGCGUGCAUUCUGACUGGCAUCGGUUUCAACGGUUACGACCCGAAGACUGGCCGCACGCGCUGGAACCGCGUGCGCAACAUUCAAAUCAUCCGCAUCGAGACGGCCGAGAGCUACAAGGUCCUCCUCGACAGCUGGAACUGCCGCACCAACGUUUGGCUCCGCGACAAUGUUUACAAGCGCCUGGCGAAGCCUGGCCAGAAGCCCGGCAGCGCGCAGAGCAUGGCUACGUUCAUCACGAGCGCGUUCUGGCACGGCAUUGCCCCUGGAUACUACCUCGCCUUCGUUACGGCCGGCCUGCUGUCCUACCUCGGUCGUCAGUUCCGCCACCUGAUCCGUCCCUACUUCCUCCCUGCCGGCUCGGCUGGAGCGGCGAAGGACGUGCCUCACUGGUCGCACCCCGCGCUGGCGAAGAAGGCCUACGACGUGGUCGGCUGGUUCAAUGUGCAGGUGACUCUGAACUACCUCGCCGCUGCCUUCCUCCUGCUCGACUUCAAGGCGAGUGUGUCCGCCUGGACGCGUUGCUGGUGGUACGCGCACGUUGCCAUCUUCGCCACGCUCGGCUUCCUACACUUCGGCGGACGGCGGUGGCUCAAGUCCGGCCUCUACAGCCGCGGCAAGCCCGGUGCGCCCGGCGUCGUGCCCUCUGUCUCCGUAUCGCCCCCUACGCCGCAGGACGAUCUCGUCGCCGGCCGCAGCAGCGACGUCGACACGGGCAAGAAGACGGGCCUCGUCCGUCGCCGCUCCAUCGAAAUCGACACUGCAGCCGCAGGCGACGCGGGCGACUUCGGACCUGCCGGUGUCGCGGGCGACCUGGCCGAGCGCGCCGACGAGCCAUCGGCCGCCAGCCGCAGGCGGGAGGUGCUCAUCACCGAGGAGCGGGUGCCCGAGCAUGGCGAGGGAGAGGGUGAGGAGAACCCCGAUGGCGAGGACACGGACCUCGAGUGGGUCCGUCACGACCUCGAGAGUGUCGGCGACCAGGGUAUCUCGCCUGACGACCUUCUGCGCGACAUCAUCAACGAGUUUGAGACGCCGACGGACACACCGCGUUCCGGCUCGCCGUCGCUCGAGCGCCAGCAGGCUGCCCGGCACGGACAUGCCAAGAGCGAGUAG